UGUCUUCAGAGUCUUUCAGGGACAUACCUGGUUUAUGUCAGUGUUCAGACCUACCACUAUAGAUAUUUGUGUGUUUCUCCAUUUCUGCUGACAAACUACUCAUGGAGGAAAUAAAAAUCAUUUUGAUGUCAUGAAAAAAAAAAAGCAAUUUUCACACAGCUAUCUCACAUUGAACUACUUUAAAAAUUUAGCAAAAAUAUAUAGGUCUUUCACUGCACAGAAAAGAUCUCUGUGCACUGAGCUUUUUACGGUGAAGUGGGGGAAGGGAUUGUGCUUAAUGGUUUUUGGUUUAAUGGUUUUCUAAAAGCUUUAGAAUUACUUCAGAACAGUGACUCUCUCCUCCGUUACGUUGGUUAAUGUAAGUUCGGAAGGAUAGCUUCCGCUGCAACAGGCUACAGGGUAAUAAGGUUUAGAGUAAUCCUUCCAGCAAUCAUGCAAAUGGGAACAGUAUUAUAAAGCCAUCGCUUCCAGCUUUAUUAAGGAAAAAAAGAAGUUAAUUUUCAAUGAGGAAAAGCUACAGUUCUCAGUUCUCAUACUGAGUACAUGAGAUUACUGCUGUAGAAGCCUCAGCUUUGUAAAAUUCCUUUUUUCUUCCAUGCUUGAAAGUUUUCAGUAACAAGCAAGUAAUUUUUUUAAAAACUGUUUUCCUUCUACCCAGAGAGAGAACUCUUCCUGGUUAUCCUGGUGUAGCCCAGUGUACUUACACUAGCUGAUUAAGUCUUAAUUUGACUUGGCCUCCUGUCUUCCAGUUACCAACAGGGUUAGUUCUGUUAGUACAAAAUAAAGACAACUACUCACUUUACUCAAAGAUACUACUGUGCAUGUUAAUGAGAUGUUUUUAAUGUUGCAGUUCACAGGGCCCCAGAGUGCCUGUGUCCACAUGUGUGACCAAGUACAGCAUAAAAUCUUUAUGUUGCCCUUGUGGAAUGUUACUUCUGUAGAAGGAAGAGGGACUUAUGGCAGGGACAUAGCAAAAAAAGAAUGUGUGUGAGAACAUAUGCCAAAAGCAAGGCAGUUGGCUCUUACCACAGAUGGUAGGUUUAAGAGGAAAGGGUGUAGCUGAAUCCUACAUUCAGUAAAACAUUUGGUUCUCAGGUUCUUAGGAUGAAAAUGUUAUUUUUUUUUUCUCUGAAAAUCCAUGUUGUACAAACACCGGAGAAUAAUUUCAGCUGUGCAAUAAGUCAGUUAUUGCUUCUUCAUUUCAAAACUGAUAAAGGUUCACAAGCUUUAGAGAAUUUUAUUUGCCUUAAAUGGCAGAGCAUUAUUUAACUCUGGGAGCUCUGGCACAUGUUACUUCUUGGUUUUUUUGAAAGCUCUGCAUCCUUCUGUUAGUGAGUAUAGGAGAUCCUUAUUUCCAAUAUAAAAUGUCCAGCCCUUAUCUUGAAAGACAGAAAGGGCAAGAAGUACAUGUGUUGCUGUCUGUCCCGCUUCUACCCUCUUUCUAAGCAGGUGCAGAGUAUAGAACUUUUCAGCCAAAAUUCAUAAUAGCAAAUAAAGGCUCUCUACAAAUCUGACUGUUGGAAACUAGACAGUAAAGAGAAUUCUAAAUCAGCAUUCUUAUAAACUGAGUUUGCAGUGGAGCCCUCCUCUUAUCUCUUCUGUUUGUUCUGGUGGCUGGACAGUCAGUGCACAUGUGGACUUUCACCCAGCCAGCAAUAAAAGGAUAGUAGGGAUCUGCAAAGGAAUGGAGGUGAUGUGGAUUAGAACAGAAAUCUACAGAAACAAGGCUAUUCCUGCAACUUGGUUCUGUUUAUUUUUAAAAAAAAAAAAAAAAAAAAAAAAAGUUAACAGUUAGUUAAUUGGUUCUGAAGCUGCAUUAAAGCAGAGCACUAUGAGAAGUUAGCAGUGAAGAGCUGGGAUGAUAGGAGAUGAACAUACACAAAGCGUUGUUCUUGGCUUUUAAAGAAAGUGUUUACUGGUUUGGUGAUACGUUGCCUGAGUGGUCAGUUCUGCUGAUGCAGCUAACCUCCAAAUGCAGUGUUGGUGGGUGGGCAGAGACUUUAUUGCAGUUUGUUUUAAUGCCAAGACCAGAACUGAAGGAGACUUGCCCCAAAUGCAGCCCUAGUACCACCAGCUGGUGGCCAAAGGGCAGAAUUUCCCACUGGUUGCAUUGCCAGUUAUGGUCCAGUAACCCUUCAUCUCACUUCUUUCCAGGCACUCCGGCCUGCACAGGCAGCACGAGAGAGUACAGCUAUGUGCUUGGGAGAGAGAUGGAUGCGUUUAGUCAUUAAUUAUCCCCUUCUCUAACACAGCACUGUGUGAACAUGGCUCUUAACACACAAGCAAUUAACCCCAAACAUGGCUUAGAUUAAACCUUGCCUUUAUGUAGUCUUGUCUUCAACAGACGGUUGUGGGGAGUGGAGAAGGAAAAGGGUGCUAAAACCCUACUAAGCACUUAUAUUUUCAAGCAAGUUUAGACCAGGUUAAUACCAGCAGUCAGAUAAAGAAAAACAAACUUUGUCAAAACACUGCAGGCAGAUUUAAGCAUCUAAGUCUAAACCUGUGAUUUUGAAACAAACAAUUUUUUUAAAAAAAUACGUGUUCAAUAGCCACUUCCCUGGAAGCACCAGCAUUCCAUGGAUACAUCCCUGCAGUUCCAGAGGGAGACUGCUUUAAAUCCUGGGCAAUUUAGUGAGCUUCUGCAAUAAAAAGAAAUGAGACACUGUGGUCCCAGAUGGAAGUCAAGUCAAACCGAGGUAUAUUCUCAGCAAGACUCUGAAACGGCCAACCAAACUAGGCCAUUCAUAAAAAUAGUUGCAAUCAACUCAAGGCAGAAAAUAAAGUGUCUAUAGCAUUUCCCCAGGAAGUAAAACCUUUGGGAUCAGCGCUUCUUCUGAGGCUGAUAAAUUCUUGCAAGACAGUGUCUGCUCUCUAGUUGUUUGGGGGAUGUGCUGCAUAUCUACUAACGCUAUUGAAGCUGAUCAGAAAAGCAGCUCAGGUUCAUAGAGCUAAAGAAAAAGCAGAGUGGCAGCCUGGCAUCAGCCUUAAUCCAAAGAGAAAAGGUAAUGAAACCUCAUCUCCAUCCCCGUCCCCCGGCACCUGCUCAUCAUAAAAUACCCCAAACAAAAGCUAAGCCAAAAUAUCCUGUCCCAAAACAAGACGGCCUCAAUAAUGAUUUGGUUGUGUUAUCCUUUGAAUAUACAAUUAGAUGAAGUCACCUUCAAUGAUGAAGGACUGAAAGAUUGACUCUUUCGAGGCAGUGACAGGACAUGAACGGAGAAAAUGCGAAGAAGCAAACUGAUAAAAAUACUUAAUUCUAACUACUAUCAUGGGAAAAAAAAUAGCAUUACUAAGCAGGGAGUUAUGGAGAGCACCUAAAAGUGAAGGACUUCACUGACAACUGAAGCAAGGUUUUUUAUCAGGAGUAUAAGAACAAGUCAUGCUCCUCUCUGCUGUGCAAGGCUUUAUCCAAAAGACACUUUACUGUAACAUAUGAUAGCUGAUGGAAUUAUGUCAGCCAUGUGUCCCAAAGCACCUGGGCACUCCCAGCUCCCCACAGCUGAAUACAACAGAGUCAUAAGUGAUGUACCUUGCAAUUCAGACUCUGAGUAAUUCCGUCUUCAGCAAAGCCUGCUAUGCUAAAUACUGUUAAUAAAUGUUUUCUUCCGGCUACAUGCAAGCAUCCGUUCAUAGUGCCUUAAUGCUGAAAAGCCUACUGAGAUUUAGAGGCCUCUGUGUAGUAAGACAUAAUAGCUGGUAGACACAUCUUGCUCCUAUACCAAUACUGAAUUUCAAAUAUCUAAUAUUUCAAAGAAAUAAUGUUAUUUCUUCUUGUCACCUUCUGCAUACCUGUGUCUAUGUUUGAAACGGAUCAGAGAUUAGAACCAUGCAUGAAAAAUAAUCUUACCAAGAGCAAAAAGCUUCAUAUAUAACAAAUAACUUUCAAAAUCCACUGGGAUCCAAUGACUCUAGCCAGUAAUUAAACCUUAUGCUUUGAUGUUAGUUCAACUCCAGAUAUUUUUUAAAAUAAUCCCGUCCUGCAUGCUUUUCAUUUCUGAAUUAUCCAUCACAGGACAUUCCACACCUUUGUUUGAAGCAUCUUAUACUGGCUUCUCUUAAGUAAAGACUAAAGAGAUCACUGAUUUGGUCCAGAGAAUUCUCAUCUUUUCAACUCGCAGUGAUGACCAAGCCCUGCUCUAACUUGAACAUUAAUGAGUUACUGAACUAACAGCAGUAAGAAGGACUGGUGAUAAAAUGUGUAGCUUCUUAACUGCCACAAUUACAGUUAAUGAAAUAUCCACAGACAGAAGCAGAUAGUAAAAAUACAAUAGUAUACUAGGAAUUCACAGUGGGCUUCCCAGUAAAAUGAGACUGUAAAAUGGAACAGCAUUCUGCUGGGACAGUUUAUUUGAUUUGUCUUCCAUUUAAAGAAGUCUCCACAGAUGCCCAUCAUGUACCCUGGACAACCUUCCCGCAAUUAACAGUCUUACUAUUUUGUCUUUGCUGAGCUCUAAGAAGACAAUGCUAUUUAUUUAAAGCAGAUUGAAAUAUACAUUGAUAAAGAACAGAUUACUUAGGUCUUAGUUAAUUAUGAUUUUCAGUAUAGUUCACUCUCAAUUAAUUAUAUUAUAAUGCAACAGCUAGCAUAUGUCUGCUCCCAGUUGGUUAAAUAAUUCUGCAACUAUACUCCUACUGAAAUCCACAGCAAAAUUCCCAUUGCUCCAAUAAGCUUUAACAAAACCCCUAGGACUCAGGAAAACAAGGCCAGCCAUCUGUACUUUGUGUUGCUCCGCUAGCACUUAAGACUUUAAAUGAAGUAAAGCAAAGUAACUGUUCUACAUACAGUUUGUCCUAUACUUUUAGCUGUGAUAUCUGCCACGUAGGAGUGCACUAAAACAUGGGUUUGAAGGAGUUUAGCAGCUGAAUUAAGAAACUAAAUUUAUGCCAUAAUGUGGGUGUAUUUGCUAGAGAAAAAUCCUCAGACUGUAGACAGUGUUUUUAGUGUAGGGGGUCUCUGAUGUUUGGAAAAGCGGCAAAAAUCAUGCCUGUUAUCACACACACACUACUGCAGCAAACAGGGUAACCAAAACUGAGGUGUGCUAGAGGCAACCACUGCAACAGAAUUUCCAUGAAAAGAAUUGUUGAAAAAUAAGAAAAAGCAUUUUUCAAUAAUAGUAAUAUGCUGGGCUUUAACGGUUAACUUGACCACAGAACUUAUUACAAUUAAAUAAGCCAAUACCACAUAAAACAACCGCUCAAGACAUUGCUUAGAAGAAUGUAUCUAAUCAUAAUUCUGGGGUUUAUUUUAUUUAUCACCCUUCUCAGUGUUUUAAAUGCCUGAAGACAAGAUCUUCUAUACAAAUGUGGCUCUAUAUAUGAAAGUCUGUACUGAACAUCUACACACUUACGAGUUGUUCUUCCCCUUCACAAUAUUCGCCUGCAUUUUAAAUAAAUUGCUGAUCCCUUUCGCAAGCAUUUGAAGACAUUGCAAUGUUUUCCUCACAAUGCACGUGUCUUUCAAGGAAUAGCACCAGGGCGCUGAAAUUAUAACACUAUUUGCUAAAAACCCCAGGCUCUUCACCACAUGCGCAGAGACUAAGUCACGCUCCAGAAAUCCCUGAGGUGUGCACUUGGGGUGCAUAUGACCUUGGGAAAGAGUAGAGGUUCAUUUCUUGAUACAGCUUUCUCCAGUAACUAGGAUACAACCUAAAGUAUCUAUUCUAUUACUUCUAUUAGGCUCACAAAGCUUAUUCACUGUGUCACUGCCCUCUGUCUCACUAUUAAUACCAGUGAGACACAUGAGCAAAGUAUGCCUCAUUAACCAGAAACUAGUGAUUUAAUGAACACUAAUGUUCUUUGACUACUCUGUGCUCAAGCGUACAACAAGUUUACUGGCUGGAGUGGUCUGUCCAGGGGUGUCACCACUUUAAAGUCAAGGCAGACCAACCUAUUCCAUGACUAAACAGAAUUUCUGUAAUAAAAUUCUUCACGUUGUGCAGGGGAUGUUUCUUGCCUUGGGUUCACACACUGUCCUCAUACAGGGAUCUCUGAGUCCAAUUUGCCCUCCAACAAAAUUUCAGAGUACUGUUCUACUCUAUCAAAAGGAUGCAUCUCCCAACUUAAGAAAACAGUCUUGUCCAUAAAAAUAAACAAAUCUUUUUUUAAAAAACUUCUUCUAAUUCCACAUUACUAAAGCUAGCAGACUUUGCCCCUUGGGGGGCUUACUGUGUAACGCUGUCAGCAAAACAACUGAAAUAAUAUUUGCAAUUUUUAGUAAGUUACUGAAAAGCAGAUCCUUUUAAUCCUCUUGGGUAAAUAAAGAAAGUUUUGUUAAAUAAAUUCCUCCACCCAUAAUGUACAGAUUCAAAUUUCUCUGUUGAAUGAUUACACAAUAGUCCACGUAACUACGAUCUAGUGAAUAUUUCCUCUUUACUUUGUCCUCAUUAUAAAGAUUCACGUUUUUUGUACAAGACAGUAAAAAAUAUCCCAUUUCAGUUUCUUAUUCCAAAGCAAACUCAAAACGUUUCUCCCUUCCCUUAGCAUUAGGCUUCUGGCUUUGCAAUGAACACACAUCAAGUGGAUCUUGGGAUGUCACCAAAAUGUGUAAUGCUCCUAUGAUGCAUGUUUAAAUUUAGGCAUGCAAGUAAUCCGAUUAAAGUCAGUAUCUGCGAAGCCAAGCACAUAAGCCAAAGAAAGGGUUUAAUAUUGUUUCUGUGCUCAGGUUCUCAAAUGCUUUCAUAGCCAUUUCUCUAACAUGUUGUAUCAUCUGCAUCCCAUUUAAAAAUAAUGCUGAUAACCUUCACUGUGCUCUUCAGUUACUCCAGUACCACAGAAAGGCUCAGUAUAAACCAGUUUUUCUUGGUAUGUCUCUCUUCCUAAAACACUAAACAUGUUUAAUAGUGCAAUAAAGAGAACUUGAAUUUUACUGAAGUACUGAAUUACAGUUAAAAGCAGGAAUUCUCUUGUUUAACAUGGUGUCAUAUACACCACAUCACUUAAGUGCCAAAGCUUGAGUUGGGUUCUCUACAGAGCCCUACCGACUUGGUAAGAGUUUUCUUUUGAUUCUUCAGACACUUCUGAAUUAUAAAUCAGGCCUGCAAGCACUUGCAAAACUGGGGUCUGAGAACUUGGUCCUUAGUUUAUUUAGAAUAAAAGAAAAUAUUAAUUUAUACUGCAUUUGUUGAGUUUCUGAAUCCAUUGAGACAAUCUACUCCUAAGAUUUCAAAAAGGGUUUUUUUUCCAAUCAUGCUACAUAUAGCCAAAUGUAAUCCCUCUCAUUCUUGUAAUGAAUUUUUUAUAUAGGAUCCAGAAGUAUUCUUUGUUUAAAUAUCUUACAAAAAGACUAAUUAUACACCAUGCUCUAAAGCACAAAAUAAUGACUGGUAAAAUUAUGUAGUACCCUGAUUAUUGCAUUAUAUACAAAAUACAAACUCUUUUAAAACACAAUAUAGGACCAAUAUAUUUGAUUAUUUUUUGGUUUUCCAAUUUCAAAGCAGAAUAACGCAUUUAAAAGAUUCAUAAUCCAAUACAGAAAAACACCUAUGCAGUAACUCCAUACAAUGCAAAACUCUGGAUUAUUAAAAUAUAGUAGGUAUACUAACCGUAAUUCUAAAAAAUUCCUGCGGAACAAAAAAUAUAGAGUUUUACACAAAGACCAGCUGACUUUUAAUUAUACUUUAAUUCAAACUAAUUUAUCUAAAUUAAAAACCCACUAGAAAUGCAAAAUCUACACUCAAUAUAGUAACUAAGCAAACUCACGAAGUACAUUUUGGAAAAGAUUUGUAUCUAAAUUCAGAAAUAAAAUCUUUUGUUGUUUGUUUUUUUUAAGAUGACACUAACUGAGUGAAAACAACAUAUUUCAGAUUUGACAGAGGAAGGAAGAAGUUGAUAGGAUACUAAGCAAUUCAGUACCUUCAUUCAUAUGACACUUUAGUCUGACUGCCGUUCAAUGAGCCCAUACCACCUGCGUAAUUUUAUAAUGGAAAAAACUUAAGUACUUUUUUUUCUUUUUAAAUGUUUAGCUCAUUAGUUUCCUAACUAUUUCCUCUUCCUUCAGGACAAAUAAAAAGGCAUCCUUCCAGUUCACCUCUGAACAAGGCUGUGCAUAAUCCUAUACCCAGAAACACUAUCAUAGGUCUGCUGAAUACACUGAUCAGUGUCUUCACCUAUAGAUACACCGUAGCAUCUCACACUGUUGUGAAAGCAUUUGAUGUAUUUUUUGCAAUCUAAUAAAAACAACUGCAACAAAGAAAAACGCAGUGACUAUUUUAUAUUGGAAGAUACUCUAAUAUAAAUUUAUAGCAUUUUCUCAACUCUGUAGCCAGGAAUAACAGUAUUCAUAAAUAUCCAGAACAAAGCCCCAAAUCAAAACAGUAACUUAAAACUAGCCAGAUUUUAGAAGGCUGCAAAGUACUUUAAAAACAUAAAAAGCAAAACUCAACUACUGCCUCCAAUUUUUUAGUUAUGAACUUAUUUUUUUCACAUCCCAUCACGAAGAGCAGACAAUGCUAAUUUUAUGGCAGAUUAACAGAAUUUUUCAUAUAUAUAUAUCACAGGUUAGACUCGCAUUAAACCCCCCAUCACUUCUCUACAUAGUCUACUCUAAAACCAAAAUGAAUAUUAAAAAAAGUACCUGUUUUUCCUACCUGUACAUUCAGUUUUACUUACAAUGCCUUCAGAAAAAGACGUAAUGAUACAGCUUCGCCAAACUAUCCCACAUCAAUCUGUUGUUCUCCAACAGUACCAGUACCAAAAAAAAGUUAAACAAACUUUCACAAUUAUACACUAAUGUUUAGAACUAUCAUACAAAGACAAAAAAAAGUUAACAACUUUAUAAAUUGCAGGAAAAUACGAAUUAACGUUUACAUAAAAAUAAAUUUGCUAAAACCAUAUUUUUCCGUACCUUAUUAUUUUUCCAGAGAGCUGAUCUUAACAGGUUUUAAAGAAAAUUAUUUCUUCAGCCACAUGCCUUUGUAUUUUAGUUUUAUUUAAAAUAAAAAGUCACAAAAAUGAUUAAAAAAAACCCGGUUUUGGCCAUUUGGCUCCCUCCCCUAAAUUGACACUUUAUAAAAACCUUCUGUACUUUUUUUCCCCCUCCCUCUCUCCCUCUCUACUACCUCCAAGAUGGUAGGAAAGUUGUUGUUUUGGAGGGCAGAGGAGCCGCUCUCUGAUGUUAUGUCCUCUCAGUGCCUGUAGUGGUGCUGUAGGAGGCUGCUGGCUCUCGUCUCGAGCAGCCCCAGCAGCCCUGCCUUCUUUGCCGGAGAAUAUAUUCAGGGAUUCCCCUUAAUAAUCACCUACCCUCUCAGCACUUUGUAGUUUUUUUAAAAUAAUAAAGAGCCCCCUAAAGCUUCCUUCCCACAAAAAGCAGGAUCUUCUCAGAGCCAGGGGGGCAGCAGCUCCUCAGCACGGCGCCCGAGCCCAUUCCCUAGUCCCUCUGCUGGGGAGGAAACUCCGAUCUGUCAGCCCAACAGAGGGAAAGGGGGGAGAGGAGAGAGAGGAGGAAAAAAAAAGCAGCUGGAAAGGGAAAGGAACGUCUGGUAGUUGUGAAGCGAGUCCCCUGGAAAAGCCACCAAGGCGCUUCACCCCGCACAGGUGAAACGGCUCUGGUUCCUAUGCGGGAGGUGUCUGGUUGUGGUCUGAUGUGCCUUACUGGGUCGUUUUAGCUCAAAAUACUGAUGGCUUUGUGCAGACAAUCUGCUUCAUCUUGAUUCGUCAUCAUUCCAAGAUAGUGGUGUCCUUGGGGCUCUCUCUUAACAUUGAUAUGGUACAGAAGAUUUAAAAUCAGCUGAUGUUCACAAGGAAUAGAGUCACGUGAUGUAUGAAGGCAAACACAUACACUUCUCUGAGGUUGACAAUAAGCCCUUGUGCUCAUAUAGCCCCAAACUGUGCAAGCAGAGGCGACUUAACGGCUACGCCUUCUGUAUCAGACACGUUCUGGAGGACAAGACUGCCCCCUUCAAGCAAUGUGAAUAUGUGGCCAAGUAUAACAGCCAACGCUGCACCAACCCCAUCCCCAAAUCUGAGGACCGUAGGUACUGCAACAGCCACCUGCAGGUACUUGGCUUUAUACCGAAAAAGGAGAGGAAGAAAAAGAAUGAUCCCAUAGAGGAGGUAAAGGUCAGGCAUCAGAUGGAUGCCAUGGCCUUCAGUCUGACAGUGCCCAGCCUCGCCUUGAAGAUGCCCAAUGGACUGGAUGGGAUGUCCCUCUCCCCUCCAGGGGCUAGGCUUCCUCUCCACUAUCUGGAGGCAGAGUUAGAAGACCCCUUUGCUUUCAACGAGGAGGAUGAUGACCUAAAGAAAGGGGCAACAGUGAGGAAAAAGUUGCAGAGCAAGUUGGCUCAAAACCGGCAGCGCCAGAGAGAGACAGAGAUUUUAAAAGUUCGCCAAGAGCACUUUAGCCCCCUUCCUGCACCUUUGCAGCAGCAGCCUCUGCAGCAGCAGCACUCCCAUCUGCCACCUUCAUCAGCUUCGUUAAAGCCGACAGGGCUACCGCAGGGCAUAGUCUGCAAGUCACCUCAACCUCCGAACACCAGCCUACGAAUGCAGGGAGUGGCACCAACCACACACACUAUAGCACAAGCCCGGCAGUUGUCAAACAAGAGACCUCUGCCUCUCCUGCCACCCUCUAGGGCUCCUGUCACGGACCCUCCAAGGACUGAUCGGGUCCUCAUGAAAGCCACAGCCUUCUCUCCACACUCGUCCUGCAUGAGCCGGCUACAGAGACUGGUGAAACUGUGCACUCGAAAACAGCAGCUGGACACUGAUCUGUUUCCACAUUUAGGGCUGGAUUGGUCUGAAGACAGUGGGGAAGAGUUGGAGGAUUCAGAGCAAACCUCCCCUUACCAGGUUGCGUGGUCUAUCAGAGAAACCCUUGGCUAUGAGAGACAUGAGUCCGAUGAUGACAAUGCAGACGACAGGAGUUCCAGGGUGACCAGACUUUGCACUUACUUUCAGCAGAAAUACAAGCACCUCUGCCGCCUGGAGCGGGCAGAAUCUCGUCAGAAGAAAUGCCGGCAUACACUCCGGAAAGCCUUGCUGCAGGCGGCCAGCAGAGAGCCGGAGCGUACUGGGCAACUGAUACAAGAACUCCGAAGAGCUACGUGUGCUCAUACCAGCACAAGCCAAACGAGGCAGAGAGAUGCAGAGCAAACAACCUGUAGUGGGACUUCGAAGGGGGAGCAGUGCACUAACAAGGCCCUUCCAUUCACCAGGCAUUGUUUUCAGCAUAUCUUAUUGAACCGUUCUCAGCAGCUCUUCUCAAGUUGCACAGCCAAGUUUGCAGAUGGUCAACAGUGCUCUGUGCCAGUUUUUGACAUUACACAUCAGACACCUCUGUGUGAAGAACAUGCCAAAAAAAUGGACAAUUUCUUGAGAGGGGACAGUUCCCGUAAAGUUCAGCACCAGCAGCAGAGGAAACCCAGGAAAAAAACGAAGCCACCUGCACUUACCAAAAAACAUAAGAAGAAGAGAAGGCGAGGCCCACGCCGGCCCCAGAAGCCCAUUCCUCCCGCAGUGCCCCAAGGGAACCUCACCAUGCCUGCCAGUGUCUCACUGCCAGUAGAGAUGCCCCACAUACGGAGCCCCUCCACACCAGAGCUGAGUGCCGAUGAGCUGCCUGAUGAUAUCGCCAACGAAAUCACAGACAUUCCACAUGACUUGGAAUUGAAUCAGGAGGACUUUGCAGAUGUCCUGCCACGACUGCCUGAUGACUUGCAAGAUUUUGAUUUCUUUGAAGGUAAAAAUGGAGAUCUCCUUCCGACUACAGAAGAGGCUGAAGAACUGGAACGAGCCCUACAGGCUGUAACUUCUCUUGAGUGCCUGAGUACCAUUGGAGUACUUACACAGACAGAUGGUGUGCCAGUUCAGGAGCUGUCAGAUAGAGGGAUGGGGGUGUUCUCUACAGGUGCUGGAGCUCCAGGAAUGCAGUCCUUGAGUCGAGAGGUUAACACGGAUCUGGGGGAGCUGUUGAAUGGGCGUAUAGUACAUGAUAAUUUCUCCGGUCUGGAGCUGGAUGAGAACUUGCUCCGUUCUGCUACCUUGUCCAACCCACCUACGCCCCUGGCAGGGCAGAUCCAGGGGCAAUUCUCAGCCCCAGCCAACGUCGGCCUUACUUCUGCCACUCUGAUAAGCCAGAGUGGCCUUGGGGAGAGAGCCUUCCCAGGACAGUUUCAUGGACUUCAUGAUGGCAGCCAUGCCUCUCAGAGGCCCCACCCUGCCCAGCUGCUGAGCAAGGCAGAUGACCUGAUCACCUCACGACAGCAAUACAGCAGUGACCAUUCACACUCCUCACCCCAUGGAAGCCAUUAUGAUAGUGAGCAUGUGCCGUCUCCCUACAGUGACCAUAUCACAUCCCCUCACACCACAUCCUUUUCUGGUGAUAACUUGGCAGCUACCUUCUCAGCAGAGAUGCCCAUGAUGGCACAGCACUUGCUCCCAACUCAGCUGGAUGUGCCACUUAGCGGGGUGGUCAACCCCAGAACUCACUGGGGAAAUCUUCCUGUCAAUCUUGGGGACCCCUCUCCGUUUAGCAACCUUCUUGGUGCAGAUGGACACCUCCUGUCCACCUCCCUGUCCACACCACCUACCACCUCGCACUCAGAGACCACACAGCCUGCCUUCGCCACUGUGACCCCCAACAGCUCCAGUGUGCUUCCGGGGUUACCGCAGACCAGUUUUAGUGGCAUGGGUCCUGCCUCCGCUGAACUCAUGGCCUCCACCUCCCCUAAGCAGCAGCUCCCUCAGUUCAGUGCAGCCUUUGGGCACCAGCUGAGCUCCCACAGUGGCAUCCCCAAGGACCUGCAGCCCAGCCACAGUUCCAUAGCUCCUCCCACGGGCUUUGCAGUGACGGGUGCCACCGCUACCAGUACCAAUAACGCAUCUGCGCCCUUCACCACCUCCAGCUGAGCUUGUCUGCCUGGCUCUGUGCAGGUAGAUGGGGGACCUGUGUUUUGUAUCUUUCCUUUUCCCCUUUUUCUUUAUUUUUUCUGUCCUCCCUUCCCUUUUUUUAAGAGGGGGUUGAGAAGGAAUCCCCUGCUUCAGUACUGACCAGGGUUAGCCCUCCGUGAACCUUGCUGUAGCGUUCACAUGUGCUUGUUACGCACCGGUGCUCAUUUAUUGCAGGCAGGUUCACUGUUCCCCAAUAAUUCCUUAAGGAUACAGCACAGUUACUGGAUGUAAUUGAUCUUGGCAGUAAGACCUAGAAAUGGGAAGAUACCUCAGAUUACUGAUGCACGUUACUGUUUCCUAGGGUUCGGAUCAGUGCUUGCCAUCCCAUUAGCAUCUGGUAGAAAGUUUUCCAGUGGGCAAAAGUCUCUUGAUUUUUUUUUUAUUUACUUUUUUUCCCAAUGGUAGCAUCUGGCAUGGAAAACUUGGCUGCACACAUUGAUUUGAGAGUGGUGCACUGAAUUCCUAAAAUAAGAUCUUGGUUCAAGGAUGAGUUUGGCAGUUUCUUAAAAUAGUCUCUUGACCUCCUCUGUGUGCACGUGUGGUUGGGGCAUUUUGAGUAGCAAUUCCUUUUCCUCUUUUGAUGAAGAUGUGGGAGUUGUCCCCUUCCAAAACUGGUCACUGGUCUUACUGCAUGCUGAUUUUUAUUAAUUAUUAUGAUGAUUUUUUAUUAAUUGAGCAGUAAGGUAAUUGGUUGACUGGUUGCCCAGAAAUCUAAAGGCUGAUGCGAGGUUAGUACAGGGGAAAAAAAGAAAGAAAAACGAAAGGACUGAAACGGAUCAUGGAUUAGUGAAGAUUCUUGUGCAAAAAUUCCCUCCCUUGCUGAAUCACUGUGGCCUUGUAGCGUUGAUGAUUUGCCUUUUCUAGUAUGGCUUUGUCCAGAACUCCUCGUCUGACAGGCUGACAGGUAUUUCCCAGCCGAAACUGGAAGAAUUCAGUUGGUAUUCUGCCCAUCCACACAAGUCUAGGUCAGACCCUUUGGUAGAUUUCAAAUGGAUAAAUUUCUCAAAUUAUAUACAGCUUCUGAGAAUUUCUUGGGUAGUUUUCCUUGGGAGCCAUAAAGUUGUUUUGACACUCGUAGGUUCUCUGUAUGGGAAGCUGAAUGUUUGUAAGGAACUAGCAGGUACCUAUCAGCAGUCAUGGCCAACCAAAAGAGCAAAAUAGGACAAAUUCGCUAGAGCAAAAUAGAUAGAAUUCCUUCUGUGUUCAGGGCAAUUUUGCUUUUGCUGCCCACUGGCUUAAGAUAGAUUUCAAACUCUUUGGUAGUAAUUUCAGUUCUUAAAGAAAGGAGUCUGAUAGCUUUUAGAUUAUUUUUUUAAAAAUUUUAUUAUUUUAAUCCAAGAAAUAACAGCAGCAGGAAUUGUGAGGUGUUUACUUCCAUCUCUUUAUCAGGAAGGGAAAAAAGGAAUUUGCUUGUGACUUUAUAGGGCUCAAACUUGCUACUGUACUCUGACUUUGACUGUAAAAAGUAGUUCCUACUUAAUAUACAAGUCUCUACUCUUCUUGGUUUGCUCCUGAGACGCAGAUGAGAGAGAAAAUCCCACAUUUCAGUCUUUUACUGCAGGAGAGAGAUUUCAUUCUACCUUACAGUCCGAUCUGCAUGUAUUCUUGUCGAAUUCAGGAAAUUAAGAGAUACCAGGGACAUGUAAUAGGGAGGCCUAAUAAAUUGUUUGAGCAAGGGAUCAUUGAACAAAGUUUAAUUGCUAUAGAAAUUAAUUUUGCUAUCAGUCAGGUCCACACCAAAAUCUCUGACCCAGACCUCUCCUUCCAUCUUGCUAAGGAACAGAACUUAAACGGGAUAGGUCUUGUGUCUUCUUACUAUCGUAGCAAUCAUACUAUCCCUCUUUUCUUGUAAGAUUUGUCCUUAAAUAUAAAGGAGUGUGGAUGAUACAUAUGUCCUUUUCUGAAAUUGAAAGUGUGUGUGUGGGUGGAGGAAGCAAAAAUUAUUUUCACACUUCUGUUGUUAUGAAGUCCUUAUUUCAUACUUGGUAAAAUAGAUCUUAAUAAUAUAAGCUGAAUAUUUUUUAAGUGGUGAUUUAAAUAUGUUUGUAACAUUUAAAUGUUUUAAAUUCAUGUAAAAAGUUGAAAAAAAUUGAAGCCUAUGGAAUCCUGCUUGUGAUUGUCCUGCUGAUUGAGGAAUGCCCAGUGGUAUUGUGAAAUGAGGCAAAUCUGACAAUGCAUUUAUUUAUUUUUGUAUUAUGUUCCCCAUACUUUGUUGAGGAGACAACUGUUUGAUUUGCAGAUUAUUUUCAUUGUGUCCUUAAACUUUCUUUAAUGUGUUUGGAUGGCUGGCUGAAAAAGAGUGGAGAACUAGUAUACCAAAUGGUUAAUUCUUCAAUCUGCUUGUGUGUUCAUGUCAUUUUAGAGGAUGUUAAUUUCUAUAAACUGGUUUCAGGACUUUGGUCUUGGAAUCGUUCUUAUGCCAAUCAAACUCUUAACGAAACUGCAGCUAGUGCAGAGUAUAUUUGCUCCACAUCACAUUUCUCUUUUUUAGGAAAUGCUGGGGGGAAAGGGAGGCGAGGACCUGAGAGCCAAAUUCUACUCUCUCACAUUGGUAUAAGUAACAGAGGAGCUGUUUGGUCUAAGGUCACUGUGAGUUUAUACUGGUCUAACUCAGAACAGAACCCAGCUCCUAAUCUGAACAUUGAUUUAGACAGGGAAUUUCAAAAUCUGUCAAGGUUAUACAGGUCCGUAAUUCGCAUUUUAAAUCAAUAACCGUUACGUACCUGCAUUCUUUAAGGCAGCCUAGGAUAUCAACUCUCUUCUCCGACUUAGACUUCAAUUUUUGCAUAUCCCUUAAUGACUCUUUCCUGAAAAAUGACUACAUAACAUUUUUCAAUUAGCAAACUAAGUUUGCAAUAAAGCUGCACUUUUAAAAAUAAACAGUUUCUAUACUUUUGAAAUAGGAAUCCCUCUGUCCUGUCUGACACGGAGUUCUGAAAUGGGCCACCACUCUUGCCUUUUCCUGGUUCUCCUCCUGUUUUUUCACUUUUGCUGAUUUCAUGGUUACAGCCCACCAAGCAAUUACGGGUCUUGAUCUUAGCUUUACAAGGUGGAUCAUUCCAGGUGGGCUUCUACACCCGCACAAGCUGUUGACUUCUGUGAGUCGCUGUCUUACUUUGGAUUUGAGAGAUCCAAUCUGAGAGGUAUGUGCAGCCAGCAAUUUUUCAAACUUAUUGCUCUGGGAAACACUGCAGAUCUGGUUAAGGUAGUCCUCGAGGCUGUUAUUUUUGUGGUUCCCAAGUAGAAUCCAUGAUCCUGCAAAGGUUUUUGAGUAUCAUCUCCUCGUAUAGCAAUUAGCACUCUAAUCACCCUUUCACCAAAGAGCCAGUGUAGCAAUUUCAGUCCAUUGAUUUGAGAUGGUCGAUGCCUGUCGUGCCCUUUCUGUGUUAACAAAUGGAAUAAAACUAGUUGAACUUAAAAGUUAAUUUCUUUACAUAAGAGUUGAAUUUUAAAGUAUUGAAAAAAAAAAUAGAAUAAAAUACCAGUAACAUCACUUUCCAGAAUAAUGGCACCUAAAUUAGUCUUUGUACAAAAGUACUUAACACAAGACAAACUUUGACAGUGUACAGAGGCUCAUCAGGAAAAACCUCAUGGUGGGCUGGUAUGUAAAGACACUGUAAAACAUGCUUUGACGUUUCCUUUGACUUAGGAAGAAUUUAUGCCAACUUUGAGGGGAGCCAUGUGCACUUAGGUACCUCAGAGUUGAUUUGUUCUUUAGCCUUGUAAUUUCUAUCAUGCAAAAGAUGCAUCAUUUUGUCUCUUUCUGCCUACCAGUUCCUCCAGAUUAUUGCUGAGUUCUUUUGUCUUUAAUAGCAUGCUUCUCUCUAUGGUUGGGCAUAAAGGCUUUAAAUCAAUAAUACUGAGAGGUAGCACAGUUGCGGGUCAACCUCAGGCACUGUAGAGAAGAUGGCAGCAGCUAGAUUUUUCACUUAAUUCGAUGGGUUAGUGAAAUGAGGAUUUGCAGUUCUCAUUUGGAAAGCAGUGGAAGCCCCAGGAAAUUUAUCGCCUGCUAGCUAAAUAUCAGAGAUGAUACUGGAAGUACAAGUGCAAGGAAAAAGGGAGAUGGGUAUUUGUUGAAAAAUUCAGAAGUUCUGUUGUGAGCUGUUAGAACAGUGUGAUGCCACUGGCUUCAGGGGCACGGCCAAGGCGAAGGGCGUAGGGUGAACAUGCAAAUGAGUAGCAAAAUUCAGUUUUAAGCUUCAUUUUGCUGUUAACCACAUCUAAAUACAGUCUGGAAUUUAAUCUGCUUGCCAGGAAAGAAGAAUGUCACAAAGGAGUACAAUAAACAGUGAGCAGGUGGCUUCCCUGAGAAGUUGGUGGUUACAUGCAUGCAAGUCUGCUUCUGAACUCCAGCUCCUCCCUAAGCUCGUGCAGCAUGGUGACUGCUGUGCUUCCCUGUAAGCAUCGGCAGGGCUCCAGGAGUAUUUCUCUGUGUGGUUGUGCUGCAGCGAUCUGAAUCCAGUGCUGAAUUCUCUAACAGUAUAAGCCUUUGGGCAGAGAGGAGAGAAAAAUAUUUAGAAGAGUCAGCUGCCUGCAGUUGAAUCUUUCUAGGGUGCAGGGACAAUGGCAGGAGGUGCUUUCAGCAGACAAACAAUAGAAACCUGCAGGGAGGCAUUUGUGUGGGUGUCUGGGCAGCUUCCCUGGUAGGAUGUUUCGGGUUUGCUUUUGUAUUUUUACCAUUCUAUGUGAGAGGUCUCCUGUGCAAACCUGUUGCAAGGUCUGGUAGUGGAAAUACUAACUGAAGGAAUCAGCUAAUGUGCUGAUCAGAUCUUUAGGUCUUUCUCGUCUUCUGGUCUCUAGGUCUUUCCUCAUCUUUUGAGUAACAUUUAAUGAUGUGGUGUUGUGAGCUGCUUCUCAUACCUCCUUUAUUUCCUUCCUCUCCACAUUCUUCAUCAUUCUUUCUUUUAUUCCGUCAUUCUCAGAUACUUCUCCGGUAUAAGUAAUGCCAACCAGUAAGUCUUCCAUGGUACUGAGCGAAUGUGACUGCUAAAUGAAAAGGAGAAGAGACUCCUGUAGUUCAUAACAUACAUUUUGGAUGCUAGAAUGACAGUGCAAUAGAUUAAAGCAUUUCUCAGAGCUGUGAGUAAGGUGGUGUUUCACAGCAUGCUAAUAUGCCAUGAACUAGAUGCUGGGGUUACAACAUUGAUCGUGAGAGUGCACAUGGUAGCAGUGAAUGUGCAGGUGUUUUUAGCAAGAGUUGCCUUCUCACAGGUUCUUCUUCUUUUGAGAAGUUCAUCAGUAGAGAGUCACGAGGAAAAAUUUGAAUUAUUCUUUUCAAUACCCCAGGCCCAAAUAAAAGUAAGGAGGGUUAGUGGAAAAAUCUAUGUUUGUGCUUACUAAGCCUAAACUUGGACUUUGAGAGAUUUGGUCAUGAGAGACCUCAGCUCAAUAAAGUGAUGUUUUGGUUUUGUCUUUCAAACUAGAAAAAAACACUAUUGUUGAGAAAGAGGAGUUUGGUGGAGGAGUUACAAAAGAUGUCUUAGAACAUUUUUUUCAUUCAUAUCUUCAGCCUUUUUUUAGAAGCAAAAAGCAAACAGUGAUAGUUCUGGGAGCUUUUCCCUUUGCUGUUCUGCUACUUCUCAUUGUGGUUGGGUUCUUUGCUUUCCCCUAUUUUAUUCUACUUUCACAUACACCUCUAGCUACUGUGGAAUAAGGUAACAUAAUAGAAGUGUGAAAGGAGAAAGUGGUCUUGACGAUAGAUUGACAGCAAUAGUUGGAGAAGACUUUCUUUUUCUGUCUCCUUGAAGUAAGUGUUGGCACCUUUUCCAUCUACUCUGGCUGGGAGAAUUUAGUUUGGAAGUGAACAGGAUGAAAAUUGGGCUUUUGACCUUAAAGCAGUACUUAAUCGAUGUAGAAAAAUGCAUUUUUCCUACUCCUUCCCCUUGCUAGUUCCCUAUACACACACACAGUGAGAUGUCCAGAGUACCUGUGUGCCAACUGCAUACACAUGUUGAACUUGGUCCAGUGAGGCUAAUGUUUUACCUGCUUUCUGUUGUUGUCAGCUGGUGCCCACAGAGAUGAACUCUGGGUAGCUAAUGUUCCCAGAUACCCUCUGGAAAACUUUAACUUUGGUGCAGAUUGCUCUAAUGUAGCUAAGUGCGAUGGCGUUGGCUUCUACCUUGGAGUGGACUGAUUUACCCUGAAAUGGCUCGCUAACCUGCGUCUUAAACAGUGUAGUUGGUUCUGGUGCAAACAGGUUAAUUCUGAAGGGAUGGACAGUUCGAAUCUCAUGCAAAAUAGCUACAUCCUACCAGAAGGGGUUGAACCAGUUUCUCUGAACAGUGAUGACCUUCACUGUACAGUUUUGGGUAUGUCUCAGGGAUUCCUUGUGGAAAUAAGGGCAGUUAACAAAAAAAAAAAAAAAAAAAAAAAGUAGUUUUAAAAGUAAAUAAUAAUUUAAGGUAGAGCGUUACCUAAGUGAGAGCACAAGAAGGAGAAAUCUUUGUUCAGUUUUAUAGUCCAUGGUGUCUGGCUUAGGGACUCUUUCUCUUCUCGAGGCUCGAGGCUCUCAUCUCAACAUACAGAAUCUUUUUCAUCGCGCUCAGCUUUAAACUUUUUAUUUAAAGAUACCCUUCCCCAAUGAGCUUUCAGAAUACUUAUUGUAGAUUUUAAGAGAAAUGGUAUAUUAAUUUAUGCUAUUAACAUCACCUCAUAAAUUAUAAGUUUUAUACUAAAGCUGUAUUGAGUGUAAUGAAUUAUGUUGCAUAUGUGUUUUUAAUAGCUAUAAAAUUAUAUACAAGCUUUUUUUGGAGAAACAAACUAGUGAAGCACCUUUUUACACUGGAUCUUUGCCGUGUCAAGGUGUACAGCUAUUCUUUGCUACCUUGCAGAUAUCUAUAUCUAUAUAUAGAUAUAUAUAUAUAAAUAAAAUAAAAUGGUAUCCUGUAUCAACAAAGCAUAGAACUCUUUUUAACCCUUAUAUUACUGUUCUAUAACUCUUUAAAUUUUAUUUUGAGUGUUGCAUUCUGCAAUAAUUUAUCCGUGGUUUGUACCUACGAUUAGAAGUUUAGUUACAGGGUAAAUAGAUCAAAUUAAGAAAAUCCAACUACUGUAGCUGGAAGUUGUGAACCAAGUUUGUAAGACCUUUUCUUUUUUUUAUAUGUAUUUAUUUCCAGUUAGCUCUGUGAGUUGGAAUUUGAAAAGUCCGAACACUAGGAAUCUACAGUGUCUUAUUCAGGAAUUUUUCCCCUCUUUUCCUCACAAAGGAAUUCCCACUGUGACUUAUAAAUAGAAUUAGACUGCUUGUGUGCAUGUAUGUAUUAUAUAUACACACAAAAAAUAUGCAUUGGGGGGGAUGUAUGUGCGAUACGAAUGUGUAUAUUGUACGUAGGUCAUAGUUUUGUAAAGAGAAAAGUAGUCAAGAGGUGAUGGAAUGUAUUGUAGAAAUGUGAUUAUUUAGUGGGGGGUUGUUAUGUCCUCACUGUUGUAUAAAUAACCGAAACUCUCUACUACAUAAUCUUCUGUUAUAAGGCUAACUCUGAUAUCAUGUCAAUUUUACUGUUUUAAAAUGACUGCAUUGAGCCCUGUUUAAAAUGCCAUGAAAAUACCAAGCUCCCAAAGACAGCCUUUAAAUAAAACAAAUGGAGGAGGAGGAGGGAGAAUGAGUGAUAUUUUUCAGGAGAAAAUGCAAAGGGAAGGUCUGUAUUUGUUGGGAUGGAGAGGCAUGGGAAUUGCUGUAUCUUUGCGAAUUAAUACCCGAAUCUCCUGUGGUCUGACUUGGAAAAUGCUGUCAAUCAGUGUACUUGUGUUUUCUAAUUAGGUUGUAAGGGGCACUGUUUGUGGGGUGAUUUCUGUUCUGUAAAAGGAUCUUGUCUUCAAAGUAGAUUAUUUUCUUUCCUGAGGGUCUUAGUGUGUAUUAAUUUUGCCCCAAAAUUGCUGUUGUGGUGUUGCAGAACAAAAUACAUUUUCAGUCCAGGGAGUUUUCCCUUGUGCUGUGAAAUUUGGAAUUUAAUUGUAGCCACUUAACAUUUUUUUUUUCGUGAUUGGAGAAAGAAGAUCUCUUUUUAAGAGUUCUCACUUGAAAUCGUGAGAAGUCAGAAACAUUCUUACAGAUUGGCUUACUCUUCAUACUGUUCUAUUUAGGCUGGAGAAAGUAACCUAUUUGUUAUUUAUUCAUACAGUAUCACUUUUAAGGAUGAUGAUCCUGGUGACUUUAAAAAUCUGUUUAGAAAAGCAGAGCUUCCAGUAUUGCACAGACAUUUGAAUUUUUGAAGGCUUUUUUUUAAAGCAUUUGCAAAUCAAAUCUCUUUUUUUUUUCCUAUCCCCCUCCUUAUCAGUAUGUUGAUGCCCCCUUUCCCCCUCCCCGCAAUUCGUUUCUGGCACAUAUGCAUACAAGUGAAAGGGCAGCGAGGUGGAAGUUGUCAGAGGCCUUUCCUUCUGCUUAUUUGAUGGUAGUGGGAGUUAGCAGCAUAAAUCUUUAUGCCUUUAUGGGGAAGAGUAGACCCAUUUUUGUGUAUACCUGUACAGAGAGAUAUAUCUGUAUAUGAGAUGUUGGUAGCACUUUGCUGAAUGUGGAUUUGCCCUGAUGAUGUACAAUAAAUACAUACGAACACAAUCAAUCUAAAUCUAUAACAUGCAUACAGAUGUAUAGAUGGAAUAUACGUUCUAUGACACACAUGUACAUUAGUCAUAACAUGAGUAAGUGUGUGAACUAAAGAGACUAGCCACAUAAUGUAUGUGUAACAGGUAAGCACUUGUGCCAAACAAGUUUGUUUUAAUUCUCUGACGGAUUUUGAUGACAUUAGUGACUGAUCUGAGCUUGGUCACCAUUGAUUUGUGUUACCUCAGCCCUCACAGUGGAGUUUCCUUGGUACGUUUUUUCUUUUAUUCUAUAUUAAUACUCGUUGAGGCCUCUUGCAAUGCCAACCUCUUCUGCUUCUCUGCUUCAUUGCCUCCCUUCCAGCUCCUCCUUGUCCCCCAGCAUCUCUACAAUUUCUCUUGCUAGCAGCAAUCAGCUGUAAUGGCCCAAUCCGGCUCUACUUACGCAUUAGGGAAAUUCUCUUGGUGACUGUAGUGGCAGCUGAAUCGGGGCCUGAGCACUUGCUUGAGCUUAUGCAAUUUCCCAGCUAUUCAAUUAUGAUUGAUUUGUAGAUGAACACAAACUUUCUUAGAACCUGAUGUAAAGCUUCCUAGCACAUUAAAAGGUUAACCCAGCGUUCUGUGUUAGAGUAAAUGUUAAAAUUGAGAAAAACGCACCCACCGAAAAUUAUCUUUGGUUUUCAGCCCCAGAGAAGGAAAGGGAGUUUGGUUUGUGUUUCCUGCGAUGCAGGCAGUAAGCAGAAGACAGCCCAGUUGCCAUCAAACAUAUCAAGAGGAACACAACUUGUUACAUUUUACCAUUAAACAGAUUUUAAAAGGAGCUGCAGAGUUGACCAUUAACAUGCUAGCGCUUUGCCUCUCAUUGUGCAUUGAGUGAUCUUGCUUACACAAGUAAAUGGUAGUUUUAAGUAUUUUAUUUUCUGUUUUCUGGCUAAAUGGAGCUUCUAUAUCCUUUUAGCAGAAAGCAGCUUUCGGAAGCCUGCUCAGUCACGUUUAAGCGCUGUUGAAACUCCUGGCUUACUUAGGCUUCAGUUUCAAUGGUGAAUGCUGCUCCAAUUCUGUCAUCAAACUGUGCUGCAUUCCACGUUUUCAGUAUGGAUAUGGCACGAUUUUUCUUGGCCACAAUUCAGCCGUGGAAUUUUGUCUUCCUUGCAUUUCUAUUAGAAAAAAGGUAACUGGUGUACUGUUCCAUCUGAGCUUUCAUGCAAUCAUACACGAAGAUAUCUAUAAUACAUAUGUUUGGGCGUGUGUAUGGGUAUUUCUGUGUAUUGUGUGUGUAUAAUACAUAUUUAUACACACACACACAUAUGUUAUGCUCUUUUAGUUUAUGUAUGUGGAGAAGGUACCUGUUGGUUCUCUCCUGAUAUAUGCUCAUGCAUACGUAUAUUAAAUAUGUAUAUAGAGUGUAGAUGUCCUGCAUAUACAUGUGUAUAUGUUAUAAACCUUGGUUGGCAAUUUUUUCCCCCACUUUUUGCAAAUUGCUGUCCCUUAUGACAUAUUUUCAUUCAAGCGGCAUUCUAUAGCAGAAGCGGAGAAAUGUGUUCUCAAAGUUUUAUUUUAAAAAGAAGACUCUUAAUUAUGUAAAGCCAUUUGUAAUUGUCCUUUGAAUUUUUACUAGAAGGGUUGUUAUUUAAAAAAGAAAAAAAAAAAAAGAAAAAAGAUAAAAAAACAAAAGCAAGCAGACAAGCCCUUACUCCCACCAUCACUUAGAUGAACGUAAGAAAGAAAUGGAAACACAAGUUUCUAAGUAUUUAUUUCCUUCCUUCAGGGGGUUCUGAGGCGUACUGUAAUCGCAUUCUGCCUCAUCUCCCCUUUUGCCCUAUUAUAAUUAAUGAUUCAUAGUUUCUUUUGCAGAGCUUUUUCCCUUAUUGCUUUACUUCUGUAAGUCAUUGUUCACCUCCUACGUUCAAUAGUACUGAUAUUGCUAAGGAGAUCUCAUGUCCUGUUCUUUUCAGGAGAAAUACCAGUGCAUCACCAUUGUGUUACGUUUUAACAUACUUUGUGGAGGAUGGAUGUUUUCACUGAAGAUGCUUAUAACAAGUCUUUAACUUACUUAAUGUGUGAAGCCUUCAUUGGAAUUUAUCAUUUGUUUCUUUCCAGUAAGUUCCUGCAACUGUUUUUUGCUAAGAUAUUAAGUAGUUCCCUUCUUAUUUGAUGCCUGAGGUUUUAGGAUCUGGAUUUAUUGUUGUGGGUUUUUUCUGGGGUUAUUUUCCUCUCCAGUUCCCCAAGAUGUCUAUCUGCAAAUGGAGCAAAACAGAUCCCAACAGAAUCCCAACAAAGAUCCUUUUUGCAGUUAAGAGUAAAUAUCUUUAUCCUAGAUUUAAUAAAAGAGAAGAUGGCAAAUCUAAAUGCUUAGAGGGAAUGCUGACUCUUUUUAAGGCUGUCUCAGAGAAGUUUGUGUUUGGUGUCAUUUUAAAGGUAGCUUGAUCAUGCUUUGAUAUCAGAAACAGCCUUGUAACAAAGAGCCUCGUACAGUUGUUUGGCCACUAGAGUUUAAAAUGUAAACAAGUUGCAGUGGGAAAGCAAAGGUGAGGCAGUGUAUUUUGAAACAGUGAAUUGUAGCUUGCAAACAUACCUGAUUUUGAAGUAACUGCAUGGUAGCAAGGAUUAGCAGUCUCUUACACCCCUUCCUUCUUCCCUCUCAUCUCAACACGUGUUCAGCAUACCAUACAUUGGGAAAACUAAACAACUUACUCCAGAAAAGGUAAAUCCACUUAAUGACUGCUUAAAGGGAACAUACAAACCUGCAUUGCCACAUCCCGUCUCGGGUAUUAGCUGGAAGACUAGCUAAUACGCACAAAAAGCCCGGUCCAGGUUGCUUCUGCGGAUGUGUUGCUUUCGUAAAGUGCGGGGCAUGGGGAUGCCAGAGAGGAAAGUUUGCUUCCUACAGGGUCCCCGGCAGCGAUAGCAACUCGCUGCUUCUAGUGCUGGAGGCUCAGGAACAGCAUUCCAGGGGCAGGUAGGAAAGCUUGUGUUUGUACUUUCCCUUUAAAUAGGAAAGGUUGGCUCACAUGUUCCUCAUAUUUCUCAAUGAAUGUACUGUAUUACCAUUUAAAAAAACAAAAUCAAUGAAAUGAUAAUAGAUUGGUCUCCUUUUGUUAUCUGGUCCUUGUUUAAUUUGUUUAAGGGUUUUUGUAUACAGAAGUUUACAUUUUUAUGUAUAUUUUUCUUGUGUAAAAACUGAUGUAAUAUGUGUAUAAAACACUGUAUGUAUUAUCUGUAUAUAGUGUGACAAAAUGAUUUUUUUUCUUUCUUUUGGAUGUAUUAAUAAAUCUUGCUGUGAAGUAGCUGUGUUUACUAUGAUUAAACUCUCCUCUUCAAGCCAUUUUGCUAAGUCCAAGAUGUAUGAAUAUUGCCCAGGUUGAAAUCUAAUCCAUGAAGUGAUUUAUUUCUUUUAUAAGCAUAUCCUAAGUGCAGUUAUUAAACUGUCCUUUGCUUAGAUAGCUGUAGAGUCUGAUUCUGCCCUUGCUUAUUCUAUAUUGCUUUCUAAUAACAUUAGCUAAUUAGUUUUGCGAACAAACUGGGGUCUUCAGUCUCAGUCCCAAUUCCAAUUAUAGUGCUUUUUAGCUCUGGAUCACUAGCCUGGAAAA